GAGUAUAGUCCAAUAUCAUUCCUACUGAAAGUUUCGAUUACAGUUUGGCAUCAUAAAACACGGUCUGCAGGAGCCAACUUCCAACACAAUGGCUAAACGCACGAUGUCCCACAUUGGACAGUGGUGUUCCCGAAUUUUUGGAGUCGAGUGUGAUAAGACGCUUCCUGUCUAUUUCGCCUUGCGCAUGGAUAGGCAAAUGGACCCGAAAGGAAAUGAACUAAAAGAACUAUUCGGAGAUAGGAAGGUCUACUCAUUUCACGUCCACUGCAAAGACAGAGUUCAGAGAUCGAAAUUGUAUGAGCAUCUCCAAAACAAACUGUCAUUUAUUCCCUCAACCGAUUGCACUAUUAUGGAAAUGUCAUCAUUCUUGCCCAGUGUACAGCAAUCGGUCAUCAAAGGAUUUCUUUUAAAACUCAACAAUGAUAACCCCAUCACAGAAAAGGUGGUUGAAGAACUUCUACAAGUGGACAAACUGUUUAUCUGUUCUUAUGUUCAAGAAAGAGAUGAGAUCUGGCAGCAACAAUUGUCUCAGACUGAAGGCUCAGAAAUGUCUACAAGGUACUGCGUCAUGUCAACAGGAGCACCGGUGCUUCAUCCCUCAGUUCUAAAUAUAAUGAACAACGACGUUUUCUACAGCUUCGAAGACGCGUAUAACGUUUUGGUGGAGUGUAGGGACAUCAUUCCUGAGUCAAAGGCAGUUCUGGAUCUAGUGGAUCAGCGAAUGCAUCCCAGUGAGAGUGGGAAGUUCCCAGUAAUUGUCAUUGAAGGACUUGAUGCCACAGGUAAAACAACGCUGACAGAGUCUUUGAAGAAGACCGUGAAUGCUGCGCUGCUCAAGUCCCCUCCCCAGAGCCUGGCUCCACUGAGACCGCGCUUUGACUGCGAGCCCCCCCUUAUCCGCAGAGCCUUCUAUGCCCUGGGGAACUACAUUACAGCUGGGCAGAUAGCCAGGGAGUCAUCAAAGACUCCUGUCAUUGUAGACAGGUACUGGCACAGUACGGCAGCGUAUGCCAUCGCUACAGCUGUGGGCGGAGGCGUGGGAAACCUGCCAGCCAGCGGGUCGGAGGUGUACCGCUGGCCCGAGGACCUGCUGCGGCCCAGCCUGGUCCUGCUGCUGACCGUCAACCCCGAGGAGAGGCAGCGGCGGCUGCGGGGCAGGGGCCUGGACCAGACCCGUGAGGAGUCCGAGCUGGAGGUUAACCACCUGUUCCGCAAGAAAGUGGAGGAAGCGUACAAGAGGAUUGAGGACCCAGCCUGCGUCAUCGUGGAUGCCAGUCCCACUCCAGACAAAGUGCUCCAGCAAGUGUUGCUUUUAAUGAAGAACAAAUGCCACUUGUAAACAAGCUCGUUCGCUCCCUCUUCUCCACCUCUCUCACUUCUCACUGCCUCAUCCAAGGAGGAGCCUGUUCCACUCAGCUCCACUAGGUGCCAGUGUAGUGUUGUGGAAACGCCCUUGGAUUCCAGCAGACGCCCCAGCUCUGAGAGGGGGCCAGAGCCGGAGCGCGCCCAUCAGGACCAAGUAUCGGGACGUGUCACAACAUGUUCGGCUCUUCCACAGCAGCACUGAUGAGAUCGAGGG